CUUUCUCCCCUACCCAACACACCUUUUUUUUUUUCCCUUCCGUGCUCUACUCUCCUAAACCGACUUUGCUUUUGUUGCGAUUCCCAAAAAAAUAUUCAACUAAAAAAUUAUAAUCAAAAUCUAAAAAUAAAAAUAAUAACAGAUGGUUAUGAUGAUGUUUGAUGAAAUCUCAAUCCCUGUUUCCAAACACUAACAGAAAACCCUAAAAAACCGAACGUUCUCUUUUCCCUCCUCUUCUUUUACUCUCUCCCUUUCCUUCUUCCCAACUCUUAAAUCCACCCAUUAUCUCUCUUCCCCUGCACUUUCCUCCGUCAGAUCCGCCAGAUCUGCUACCUUCUGAGCUGCUCCGCACAAAUCCAGACGUUUGCACUUCCAGAUCUAGCUCACGCGCCACCAACCUGAAUCCACGCGCCGCUGAUAUGGUUGUCAACGGAAGACCUUUGAAGAGAAUGAAGAGGAGAGUCACUGCCGAUCUCUGUGAUUUUCUUACCUUCCCUUCCGGCUUUGAACCUCCACGGGGGCCCUUCAGGACCAACAUCAAGGCUUUUUUGAUGGAGCAUGCACUUGUCCCUCCGCCAUCUUCGCUCUUUCCUCAUCUAAUGACGUGGCAGAUCUCCUUUCGAGUCGGUGAUCUGAAGGAAGGCCUUGAUUCGGCCCCCGCGGUUGUCUGUUUGGAUAUCGUUGAGGAGGAUGUCGCUAAAUCCAGAUCUGUGUAUUGCGACCAGUGCCGAGUCGUCGGAUGGAGUGGGCAUCCAGUAUGCUGUAAGCGUUACCAUUUUAUCAUUAAGGCCGAUGGUAGUUCCAUUGGUGGUUAUCAUAAACCAUGUACUUGCUGUGGAGAUAUCUUGCAUAUCUCAGAAUUGAGAUGUAAGACAUGCAACCAUGUGACCACUACGGAUGAUGUUGAAGAUUGGAUAUAUCAUCAGUUAGAAGACACCACUCAUCUUUUACAUGGGGUUGUCCAUGCAAAUGGUUAUGGUCAUCUUCUUAGGGUCAAUGGCAGAGAGGGGGGCUCCAAGAUCCUUUCUGGAUGUCAUAUCAUGGACUUUUGGGAUCGUUUGUGUAAGACUCUUGGAGUCAGAAAGGUCAGUGUAAUGGAUGUGUCGAAGAAAUAUGGAUUAGAGUACAGGCUUCUUCAUGCUAUAACCAAAGGCCGUCCGUGGUAUGGUGACUGGGGUUAUGAAUUCGGUGCUGGUAGUUUUGCUUUGACUGUUGAUGCUUAUAAGUCAGCUGUUGAAACUCUCUCCAGCAUACCCUUGUCCAUAUUUCUUUCUCAAGGGCGCAAGCCACGGACACGCUUGCAGGAUGUAAUCUCUUUUUAUCAAUCUUUGUCAGACCAUGAGCUUGUAAAUACAAGGGAUCUCUUCUGUUAUUUGAUAAGUUUGAUCCAAAAUGCUCACAAGUCUCCACCAAGCGUUGAGGAUUCUACCUGCAAGAAGCGUCGUUCUUGCACAGAGAUUAUUCCGUCGUGGAGUAAGACUGAUGUUGAACGUGUUGAAGAAGCCAUGCUCAGAGUUCUCCGGGCUGUGUCUGGGUCAACCUGGGUAAGUUGGCGUACUUUGAGAGGUGCUGUUUGCAAAGUGGCUCCUCCAGAGCUCCUUGAUCUCUGCCUUAAGGAACUUGGGGGCAAACCAGCGGCUGAUGGAAUGGUUGUUGGUACCCGAUGCAAUCCUGAUUCAGGCGCUUUUGAAUAUAGGCUCGAGCCCGGAAAUCCUCCUCCUUCAAAUGGUGUCAAUAUUGGCAUUGGUUCUUCUAUAAUUACCUGUCCAUCUGAAGAAAACCUCAUGCAAGACCUGAGAUUUCUUUAUGAAUGCUUGCUACACCCUAGGACCAUGGUGAGUUAUGGAACUGAAGCAACUAGGGAUCUUGCUAUUGGUUCAGCUGAAAAGCUUCUUGACUGCAAACAGUUUGUGAAAGAGUACAUGGCUGAGAAAGUGUCAUCAGCUACUAGCCCACCUGUUAUAUGCCUCUCGUGUGAUGUGGAAAUAAUAGAUCAGACAGAAGAAAAUGCUCCAAAUCACCCGCCAGAACUAAUUAUCUUGCCCCCAAAUGCUACUGUUUCUGACCUCAAGCUUGAAGCGUCAAGGGCAUUUCAAGAAGUUUACUUGAUGUUUAAAAAAUUUCAUGCUGAAGAGCUUCUUGGCUAUAGUGGUGUUGAUGAUUCCACCCAGGUCAAACUCUUGCUAGGGUCAACUGAAUUUGUUAGACUACGGGGAAGAUGCCUCGGGAAAAAUGGUCUCUGCAAAUUUAGAAUGGAGAGAGGAAUUGAGAGAUGGACUGUUGACUGCAGUUGUGGUGCCAAGGAUGACGACGGAGAGAGAAUGUUGGCUUGUGAUGUUUGUGGAGUGUGGCAGCACACUAGGUGUUCUGGUAUUCCCGACUCUGAGUCGGUGCCUGCUAAGUUCGUUUGCCAUCGAUGUAGAGUCUCCAGCCAAGUCACCAACUCUAGUGGGUAGUGGAAGGAUGAAACACACUACUACUUCUGUUGGUAGCAAUGGCUUCUGGUUUGGAAAGAUCGUAUCAACUUUGUUUGAUGUCUUUUUAGAGUUUUCCGCCAAAGUGCAUUUGUACAUAAAGAAACAAGCCUAGAAAGUGCAUCAAUGCAGUUGGUCCCUCUUUCCAAUUUUCA